GAAAAUUCCCCAAGUUGAAACUUGGCAAGCGGAAAAACGAGAGCCCUUAAAUUAGGAGCCUUUUCCUGGGGCAAUGGCGGUUCUUGUCCAGUCUCCACUCAAAAGAAAAUAAUCAAUCGAAGAAGAUGAACCAACUGGACGACGACGACGAUUGGGACUUAAUUUUCACUGAACAAGCCGUACAAGUCGCCCAAGUACAAGAGCGUGCUUACUCUACUCAGCAGCAGCAUCACCCGCCGCCGCACCACCACCAAACUCCUCCGCAUUCUUUCUCGGAACCAUCGCAAUAUCACCAUCACCAACAAGAGCCGCCGCCCCCGCCUUCUUACUCCAAUCCCGUUAGGCCCAUUUCCUACUCCCCUCCGCGAGAGCUCACUCAGAGGACCACCACCACCACCAAUGCAUUUGCAAUUUCCCUUUCUCCUUCGCCUCCUUCUUCAGCAUUGCCUCCCUCUGCUAGCCGUCCUGAAGUUGACAGAGAAAAAGAACUCGAAAUCGACCGCUUAAAGGAAGAACUGGGACGUGUCUCAAAGCAGCUUUUGCACUUGGAACAAGAAUGCUUUGAACUAAGGAAGGAAAAGGACAAACAUCGUAAAUUUGUAAGUUCAAUGACUGAAAAGAAAGAAGCAGCUACUAGGAACUCUGAUGGUACAAAUUUGUCCCGUGACAUUAAGGAAUCUGGAGAUGUCCUAGUCAAUCAUAAGGAUUCUCGACAAUUUCAAAAUGCAUUAUGUUUAAGUGGUCAGCCUGGCUCUCGGAUUGAUAUUGGUGUGUCAACCUCUAAAGCUACAAGUGUUCAAACUGAUGAAACUAGUGCUUCUGCCCGACAAAUCCCAAAUGAUGACCUCUCAAAGAAAUUACUAUCCAUCUGGGGCUCUUCAAAUGAUUCAAAUGAACAAGAGUUAGGAAGAAAUGUAAUUUCGAAUUUGCUUAUGGAUUGCCAAACAGAUUUCCUGUUCCUUUUUGGCUGCAUUGGCAUUAAUAGAAUGGACAAGCUGGGAGAUGAUAGCUCUUCUAUUGCAGCUUCGCAGUACCACUUACACAUGUCUCAUACUCCAGAAGCAGCAAAAGUUUCUCAUCUUUAUUCUGUCUUGACCAAGGCAAAAAAUGGAAUGUUAAAGUUGGAGGCCUUGUUUCAACCAUUACUCAACCUCUGUAGUCUUGAAAAUGUUAUCAUUGUUCAGGCAUCUCUACAUAUACUGCAUGUGUUUUUGAGGCACCUGGUAAGGCUGGAAAGGCAUUUUGAGAGAAGGGUCAAUGUUAUGGUCGAGGGACUUGGAAUGAAAUAUUCUUAUGCUGAAAGUCAAAGCAAGAAUGGAGUUUGGAAUAAUGGCAUUGCAACUUGGUUUUCUAAUAUAGACUGGAUUUCUCUCUUUGAGGUGAUCCUACAAGCUACCAUGAAGAAUACAAACCAAGGUGUAAGGCUAGAAGCAGUCUCUGUUAUGAAUAUGAUUAUAAUGAGAAGUAAUGCCUUUGUGGAGAGAGAAAGGUUUGGCCAAACACUGGUGUUUGAAAUUCUUUCACAGUUGCUUGCAAAGGAAGCUGGUUUUGAGGCCCGAAAACAAGCCGUGCAACUUCUAUAUAUGCUACUGAAUUGUCCUAAAAUACUGGUCAAGUUCUGUUCUGAUUAUAAAGAGGGGAAAGCUGCCCUUGCUAUGGAUGAUAACGUAGGCGAUGCAUCAGGUUACCAAAAAUGUAGCAUGAUCCUUCAAGGAUUGGCAGAUUGUAUAGCUUGCUGUGGGAACAGUUUAGAGGAACUGAAACUUCGCAGAAUUGCUGUUCUUUUACUGGCUUUCCUAGCCUCGUCUGGAGCAUCUGGCUUCGAAAUACUUGUGAGUCACAAGCUCUUUCGAGAUGCAAACUUUCUGAUGUUGAUUUUACAAGUUUUGGCAUCGGAGGUAGAUACAGAACCAGCAGUCAAUGCUGAUCAAGCACAGAUUUUCAAAGAGAGGACCUUGCUGUUGAGGGAGGCUCUUAUCCUACUUAACAGGCUGGUUUCAAACCCAGCAUAUUCUGCCACUGUCUUGGGUUUAUUAACAAACAGCAGGGACAUGGCCAGCUUGACUGUUGAUGUUGCAAACCGAUUGUCCCGAAAAGACCAAAUAUGUGAGAAGUUUGAUGGCAUGACAAGGCAGAUGCGGGAGUCUGAAAUUGUAGACCUAGCUCGGGCAUUUAAGAAAAGGGUGUUCGUAUAUUUAGGAGAUAACAUACAGUAAAAAAAAAACAUUGCACCCUUUUGGCUCAAAUUUUUGUGUAUUUGUAUGUAUCGGCGUUGUUUUUACGACUGUUUGUAUGUUUCAACAUUAGACACGCAAGCAGUCGUCAUCAGCUGUGCAGUGCAAAUUUCGGUGGCAGCGCUCAACCCCCCAGCUGGAAAUGUAUUUCGACAUGCGGGCGCUAGUUAUUUAGCUGGAAAUUUUUGACAGGUCUCAGUGGAUGAUACAUAUGAUUCCACAUUUACCUUGUAAUGAUCAAAUUCUUGCUCAAAAUAUAGAGAGAGAGAGAGAGAGAAAAGCAGCUUCUGCUGAUUAGCAUCUUUUGCUGAUGUUCUUAUGAUAUGUUUUGAAUAUACAUUCAUCUUUUCAACA